AUGUCUUUCAGCUUCGGCAACUUGGGUAGCGCCCCUGGAGGGGCAGAGAAAAAGACGGGCACACUGUUCGGAAGCACGACAGCACCACCUGGAGGUCUUUUUGGUCAAUCCCAGCAACCGCAGCAGCAACAACAACAGACCAAUGCAUCGCAACCUAGCCUCUUCGGCUCUCAAGCCGCACCCCAGAGCAAUAGCCUGUUCGCUUCCACGCAGCAACAACAGCCCGGCGGCUCAAGUUUGUUUGGCCAGCCACAGCAGCAGCAGCAGCAAAAUAAUGCAGGCGCAAGUCUCUUUGGUCAGCAACAACAGCAGCAGCAGCCACAGCAACAACAACAACAACAACAACAGCAGCAACAGCCGAACCUGGGCAACAGUCUGUUUGGAGCCUCGCUACAGCCAGCACCAGCGCUCAAUCAGGUCCAAGCGCAACACAUUCAACAGCAGCGUGAGGGGCUUCCGCAAUUACGCCAGUCAUCUGCACAGCCUUUCGCCGGCUCGUCAAUCAACGGUCACAGGGAGAAGUCGGUCGUAGAACAGAUACGGACGCUGAAUAACAAAUGGGAUCCAGCGAACCCCGAAUGCGUUUUCACGCACUACUUCUACAACGCCGUCAAGCCUGAAGAAGCGCCCUUCUAUGGCCCCUCACAGGGCGAAGACGAGAGAAAAUGGGAGGAGGCUUUGUCUAAAAAGCCUAGUCCAGGUGCCAUCCCUGUCCUAGCUCGCGGUUUCGAACAAGUCGGAGAGCGCAUACGGCAACAAGCGGCCGCUGUCACGGCGUUACGAACCCGCCUACAUGAGAUCAACAACAGUCUUGCACUCCUGAAAGACACACACGAGCUGAACGUUGCAUCGCGCAUCACCGAGGCGAAGCGGAAGCAUAUUGUCUUCACACAGCGGACGUUGGCUCUUGCAACCAAAGUGCAAAUCCUGAGGAAUCGAGGAUACGUCAUGGACCAGCAGGAAGAAGAUCUGAAGAAGAAGCUCUUUGAGCUGGAGAAGAAAACCUUCGAUCCUGUGCUAGGUGGACGGCAAGAAGAGAUCUGGGCGCGCAUGUCUGGCGUGCGGGAGCGAGCGAGGAUACUACAAGAAGAGACGGAGAAGUUGGGCAAGACGAUUGAGAAUCAACAGAAUGGCGAGCUUCUCACUGGGGAAGAUCAAAAGGCGUUGGAGAAGCUGUUGAAGGACUAUGACAGGCAGCUCGAGCACCUCAAGAAGUGGGUAGACGACACGAAAGAGGAAUACGACGAAUGGGAGGCAUUGAAGCAGACGAGGCCUGCGAAGCGAUGA